CAUCUUGUUGACUUUUCUUUUUAUACUUCAUUUCAUCUCAUUCUUCUCCUUUUUUUCCAUUUCAUUACUGCUCUUUUUUAACCGCACCUCUUGGUUUCCUCCACUUCUAAUUUCUACACAUCAAUCCUCUCAUGACUGCAACUGCCAUUAACGCCAACCAAACCGCUGCAUCCGCCAUCCUUGAGAAUGAUACAACUGACGCCCAGUCAUCGGUCACACCUCAAGAAAUCGGCAUGAUGUUUGUCCAUGAAUACUACAAUUUCUUGCAUGAUGACCCUCAAAAGUUGCACUUGUUCUAUAACAAGAACUCGAGCUACCUUCAUGGCGAGGAGGGCGAUCUCAACGUCAAAUUGGUCAACGGCAAUCAGCAAAUCCGCAAGGCUAUUACUGAUCUCAACUUGAACAACUGUAUGGUUAUGGUCUCUAGCGUUGAUAGUAUGUCGUCUGCAAACAACGGUAUCAUUGUCCAGGUUCUUGGCGAAAUGUCCAAUCAAGGCACCGAAGCAAGAAAAUUUGCACAGACCUUCUUUUUAGCCGAGCAGCCAAAGGGAUACUAUGUCUUGAAUGACAUUUUCCGCUUUUUGAGAGAGGAUAUUGACUAUGAAGAGGGUGUCACCGAGGAAGAGGUCGCUGCUGUUGAAGAAAAGGUAGCUGAGCCCGACCAGGAACAGUCUGCUGUCAGCAUGGAUGACGCACAAACUGCUGCUGUCGAAGCUACCCAAGUAGCUGAAGCUAAGCCUGAUGAAGAGCCUUCUCCUGCUGUUGUUCCUGAAGUCAAGGAAACCCCCGUGACCAAGACUGAGGAAAGCAAUGAAAAGUCUGUUGAACAAGUCGCCAACGGUGUGGCCUCAGAAGGAUCUGCCAAGGAGCAGCAACAACAACAACAGCGCCCAAAGAAGUCCAAGGCUGAUGGUGAUAAGCAGAAGCAAAAGCAACAUGACAGACCUGCCAGUGCUGCCAAGAGCAAUGCUCCCAAGACCUGGGCUAAUUUGGCUGCCAAUGACUCUGAAAAGUGGGGAACUCAAGUUGCAGAAGCUAAGGGACCCGUUGCUUCGGUUCCUGUCAACCCUCCUAAGCAAUCUCCUCAGCAACAGCAACAACAACUUCAGACCAAGCAGCCCACCAAGACUGAGAACAUUUCUAUCUUUGUCAAGAAUGUACAGCAGACCAUGACUGAAGACCAGUUGAAGGAGGCAUUCGGCAAGUUUGGUGCUAUCAAGACGCUCACUGUUGUUCAUUCCAAGAGCUGUGCUUUCCUUGACUUCAGCCAUGCUGAGAGUGCUCACAAGGCCUUGAGUCAGCAAAAGAUCACGAUCGGCUCAGCCGUUGUGCUUGCUGAGGAACGUCGUCCCCAAGGUGGCCGUGGGCAAUAUGAAGGACGACGUCAAAACGGUGAAGGACGUGGUGGUUUCGAAAACCGUCGUGGAGGAAUGCAUCGUGGUGGUGACAAGCAGGCCAGCCAACAACAAGCUGAUGGUCAACAGAGCGAGCGCGGAAACCGACGUGGAAAUGCUGGACGUGGAGGAGACCGUAAGGGUAACAAUACCAACAAAAGCCAACCUAAUGCUCAAGCCAACUCUCCCGCUUCCAAGUAAACAGAAGAGAAAAAGAGGCACCCUCCCAUAUCACUGCAAAUAACCCUUCUCCCAACUUGUGUUC